UAGUCUGAUACGGGCUUUAUAGAUUUUCAGUAUUGGCUGUGAAUUUCUGAUCACAGCUUUACGCUACAAAUGGCGCAGAAGUUCGAUAAUUCUAACAAAAAUCGGAUAUUGAUAUAUUGGAUCUUCAACAAAUCAUUUUUACAUAAUUGAAUUAUAUUCAUUGAAUUAUUCCACAUCUGUGAUAUUCGACAUGUGGUGUCUUAAAGGACAUGAAGGUCUUUUCAUUUAUAUUUUACCAAACCAGAAGAUAUCCUUUGGUAAAUCACAGAGUGAUAUCAAGCUGGAAGGAGAUGUCACAGUUAGUGAAUUUCAUGCAGUGAUUUCUGUGGAAUCAACAAAAGAAACCAAUACACAAUAUAAGUGUGUUAUCAGUAAUGUAUCUAAAUAUGGAACAGUUGUUAUAAGAGAUAAAGAGAAGCAGAAACUAUACGCAAAUGAUAAAUUUAUUUUGAGAUCUGGCGAUAUAGUGCAAUUUGGUCAGAAAUAUACUUUUGUUGUAUCGUGCUAUUUAUUUGUGAUUGUGAGAUCUGGUUUAAAUGAAGAGGAUACUGAAAGAUUAAGGAAUAUUACAGAUUAUUUGGGAGGAAUAUUAUCUGAAACGUGGGACAAUUCUUGUACACAUUUAACAGUAGCUGAAAGUGUUUUAUUUACCACAAAAUUAGCUUGUGCAUUAGCCUCUGCCAAGUCUAUUGUCACAAUUAUGUAUUGGGAAGCAGUAAACAUAGCUAUCAAAGAAUCUAAAGAAUUACCAAAAAUUGAAGAUUUUCUUCCAAAGGUAAAAGAGGAAUGGCUGAAAGUUAAUUCGAGAUCGUUUCUACCAAACGAAAAACGUAAAACAUUAUUCAAAGGCUUGUCAUUUGUACAUUUUUGUGCAAAGCAAUACUUUACAUAUGCACAAUUAAUUACUGCAGCAGGUGGUAAAUCAUGUGUGUAUCCUACGAAGAGACCUUUAAGUCCUCGAGAUCUCACUGCAAGAAAUGCUAUUGUUAUACAGCAACCUGCUAAUGAUUCCUCGCAAUUAACUCAAGUUAUUGUAGUUGAUUACCCAAUAAUUUAUUCCAAAUUACAAGCUGUCAAACGAAGAAUGGUUUCUGAUACAGAAAUUCCACUUGCAAUUCUAUAUUGCACUACAACAAUGUAUUGUAAUCCGAAAUUCGAUUUUGCUACAUUUGUAAAAUUAAAGGCGCAAAUGUUUUCUCCAUCUGAUACGUUAAUAGCCGAGGAUACACAAGACGUUGAUAAUGCUGCUAAGAGACAAAUCAAAAGUAAUAUUAUACCUGAAAGUAAUAUUAUACCUUGCGAUUCUCAAAAUAAUAAAAACAUCUCUAAAGAAACUUACUUUUCUAAUGAGAAUGAACAGAAAGGUACAUAUAACACUAGCAAGAGUAAUAUGAUGAAAGAUAAACAGAAUGUCAAUAAUAAAGAAAGCAAACGCAAAAUAAUUCCCGAGACUUGCGAUUCUCAGAACAAUGAACACAUUUUGAAAAAAACUCGUUUUUCUGACAAAAAUGAGCAAAGUAAUAUCAGCAUUAGCAAAGACAAUAGUAGAAUAAAAAUUCAAAAUAAUGAAAAUAAUAUAUGUUCUUUUAACGAAAACCAACAAAAUAAUAUUUGUAACGAGAGUAAUAUUGUGAACAAUAUUUUUUAUAAUUCAAUAGUUUCUAGAAAAGUCAAUAAACAACAUCAAAUUAUUCCUCAAAGCUGCUCUUUUUUAGAAGAAAGUGUGAAUAACAUUUUUUCUGGCAAAAGCAAUAAUAAACAAGCGCAGAUUAUUUUCGAGACUAGUGAAUCUAAUGAAAAAAAUAUUCUAAACAAUGUUUCUAUAGAGAAAGAAGAAAAUGUUGAAUUGCAAGAAAAGGAAGUUUUUGUAAAAAAUAAUUCGAUUCUUGCAAAAAAUCAUAAAAGAAAAGAUAUCUUAGAAGAAAAUAAAUAUGAAAAGCAACAAGUGGGAAAUGUGUUUAGAAACAAAGAUAAUAGUUCGACUUUUGAAAAUAAUAAUUUGGAUCGUAAAGAAAAUUUAUUUGUUGAAAAGGAUAGUUUAAAUGACAUUAAUGGUAAAUUUGAAAGUGCAAGAUGGAGAAGUUCUAAAAAUUCGGAACAUCCGCGAAUUGUGUCGAUAGAGGAAAUUAGUAACAAUGAGAUGUAUAUACAGCAAGGAAAAGAAAAAAGGAUAUUGGGAAAGCAUUGCUUUACAGUUGAAGAAUCGCAGAAAUCAUUGAAAGAACAAAAAUUAGAAUCAGUCUGUAAAUCUGACAGAAAUCAAGAUUAUAAAGAAGUAAAAGAAAAUGAAAUACAAAAGAACGAUAAGAAAAAGGAAGAAUCUCAAAGAACAGGAGCUAUCUGGUAUGAAAGAUAUUUAAACCAAGAAUUUACGAAUGAGAUACUGCGGAAAGAUAUACCUUGUGGCAAAAAAUUCAUAAAGAAAUCCAUUACGAUCCCUAAGAAGAUAUUGAAAGCGGACGACUUCGUCUUGUGAUUCACGUAUGUAAUUUUACUAUAAAAAAAAGAAUUUAAUAUUGUAAAGGUUAAAAUAAUUUUAUGUAUGUAUGCGUAUGUGCGCGCGCGCGCGUGUGUGUGUGUAUGUGUGUAAGGACGUUUUGUUAAAAAUAUUAUCAAGUUUUUAAAAAUAAUUAAAAAUAAAGUAUUAUAUUUAAAAAAUUUAUUUUAAUUUUUGAUUAGAAAUAUUUUUACUUUCAAAAAUUUGUAUCUAAUAAAAGCAGAUUAUGUAAAUAAUAAAAAUAUUUGAACAUAUCCAAAAAUAAUAUAAAUAAUUUAAAAAUUUAAUUUAUUACUUUAAAAAAAAAGAAUUUAAAUUUGAUUUAUAUUUGAUGUGCAGAAUUCUCAAUUUAAUUAAAACUUGAAAUGGAUAUUUAUGCGCGCAUAUACACGGUGUCUAUAAAGUCUGUCUCCAUCCUCUAUAUUUCGGAAACUGCUCAAAAUUAUGAAAAAUUGCGAAAUGUGUGUCCGAUUAUUUUGAGGGGCUACUCUUUUAAGGAGAUUGCGGUUUUUUUUAAAGGUUACACAAAGAAACUAUUCAAUUCAAAAUGAAGAAUUUUUUUUAUGGAAUUAAAUCUGAAUUUUUUUAUUAAAAAGACGACACUUUUGCAUCUGGGACGUUUUUUUAAGGAUUUUCUAAAUGGAAGUAACGUUUUUGAAAAUUGACCUUUUCGAACUUUGACUUUAAAUAACUCCUGAACGGGUUAACGUAUCAACCUCUGGUUUGGAUCAAAAUAAUUUUUUUUUAUGCUCUUUCAAACGGUAUACAAUAUGGGGGAUAUCAUUUGAAAUUUCUAUGUUAGGGUCCUCCUAGAGCAUCUUCUUGAGAGGACAAUCCCCAUUUUCCUUAAAAGAAUAGCCCGAAUGAUUGAAAUAUAUUUGAAUAUAUUUCGCGGUUAGUAAACGAAUUUCUUUUUCAAUUUUGAGCCAUUUGCGAAAUAUAGGAAACAGGAUGGACUCUAUGAACACUUUAUAUAUGUAACGAACAUCUAUUAAAUAAUGAUUCCUAAUUAUUUCAAACAAUUUAUAAAAAUAUCAUAAACAUCAUAUACGUUCUUACCUUCAAACCAGCACAAAAAGUUCAUUAAAUCACAUCACAUAAAAAUUAUAUAGCAUAAUAUAGGAUUUCAAAACUAGAAAAUUUUUUCAUAAUUUAUAGUAAAUUUUUUUAUAGAUAUAAAUGAAUAAUGUAUAUAAAUAAGUAUACAUAUUUUAAUAUAUUAGUUAUAAUAUUGUCAACAAUAUAUGUUAUAUAUUUUUUUCUAUGAUAUCUUUAUGCAUAAUGUCUAAUACGAAAUUACAAUUAAAAUUUUAUAGAAUCAUAUAUUAACUUUACUUUAUUUAUAAAAAGUUUUGGGACAAAAAGUUAUCUUGAUUGUGUAAGCUACAACUUCUUGUAAUUUUUGUAAAAUAAAGAUAUGUAUUUUUACAUAAAACAAUAUUUGAUUUUAUUGAUCAAUCAUCUACUUAAGGAAUAAUUUUUUUAUUGCGGUGAAAUUAUUUUGAUACUUUUUUAAAUUAAAUUAAUUAUUGUCACGGCGAAUGGCGAUAAGGGAAUUCGAACAACGGAUCUAUAUUGUAUAAAUUCUGACGUAUAUUCUGGCUAUAUAUAUCUAUAUAGCUAUAUAUAUCAUAUCUGUAAUUAUAUGUACAUGAUUUAUAUAUUA